AUGGGCGUGACAAGAACAAUCCGCGUCGAGGGGACGGGGCCUCAGCCCGUCAGGGGCCAGAAGGUGACGGUCGAGUACACGGGCUGGCUAAAAGACACAAGCAAACCUGACAACAAGGGAGUCGACCGAGGCGACUUCAUCACAGAAAUAGGAAUCGGCAGGCUUAUCAGGGGCUGGGAUGAGGCAGUCUUGGACAUGAAGGUCGGCGAGCACGCGACUCUCGAUAUCACGAGUGACUAUGCCUACGGAGAAAGGGGUUUUCAUGGCCAUAUCCCUCCAAACGCAGACCUGAUCUUUGACGUUCAUCUCAAGGCUGUUCAAUGA